CAGCCCUCGGCAGGCAUUUGCUGCGGGCUCCAGGACGAGCGCUCAUCAGCUUGGUGCGUCUGGGCUGACACAGUGAAAAUGUUUUAGUGUCAUCGGCGACACAUACACGUACAGGGGACCCCGCUAGGCAGGCUGGCGUGUCGGGGAGGGGCAGGAGGCCAGGAGUGAAGCCUGACAUAGGUGUGCCCGCACCCAGACGCGUGGCCGGCCACAUGCGUGCCUACUUGAAGGAGAGACUUCAGUUUUCGUUUUGGUUUUGGUUCCUGGGGUGAAUUUUCCGCUGAUCGUUCUCCCCUCUUAUUUAUUUAUUUAUCUUUUUUUUUUUUUUGGCAUUGUUCAAAACUUGAAUAUAAAAAGCGUGAGAAUCAAAACUUUGAAAAGACUGAGGCGUGCAACGACAGACCCCCAGAUGGAUCCCGUGGCCAGCAGCUGCAUGAGGAGCCCCCACCCCCCGGCCCCGGUCUGGGGCUGCCUUCGAAAUCCCCACUCUGAAGGCAGUGGGGCCUCGGGGCUGCCCCACUACCCGCCAACACCGUUCUCCUUCCACCAGAAACCAGACUUCCCGGCGACGGCGACGGCAGCGUACCCCGACUUCUCAGCCUCCUGCCUGGCAGCCGCCCCACACAGCCUUCCCCGGGAGGAGCGCGUCUUCACUGAACAGCACCCCGCUUUCCCGCAGCCCCCCGACUGGCACUUCCCUGUCUCAGAGGCCCGGCGCAGGCUCAACCCGGGCCCAGCUGGGGGCUCCAGGGACGUGGGGGCCAGCAGCCCGGGCCUGGUGGACACCACGGGAGGCCCAGGCGAGGACUACGAGGUCCUGGGGAGCACUGCCCACGAGACGGAGAAGAAGUCCACCAGACGGAAAAAGGAGAGUUCAGACAACCCAGAGAGCCGAGGGAAGCCUGAUGGCAGCAGCAAGGCUCGAAAGGAGAGGACAGCCUUCACCAAGGAGCAGCUUCGGGAGCUUGAGGCCGAGUUUGCUCACCAUAACUACCUGACCCGGCUCCGGAGAUACGAGAUCGCUGUGAACCUGGACCUCUCGGAGCGGCAGGUCAAAGUGUGGUUCCAGAACCGAAGGAUGAAGUGGAAACGUGUGAAAGGGGGUCAGCCUAUCUCCCCCAGUGGGCAGGACCCAGAGGAUGGGGACUCUGCCGCCUCUCCAAGCUCAGAGUGAGAGUCUCCGUGGAGGAACAAAAGACUGAGGACUGAGCCCCCUCCCCAACUACCCUCACCCCAACCCCACCUUCACCUUCUCCCACCCACCGCAGGGCCACCUCUCCACGUCUUGCAGUGACUCUUAAACCUGAAGCUGUCCAGCAUUCCUGGAAGCCUUGAAGUUUCCCAGAAAGUUCUAUCCAGUUUUGCUCUGCCCCAAGCCCUUGGCUUCCCACAUUUCUUGCGGAAUCCUACAGCAGCCUGACUGGACUGAACCCGAGCGAAUCUGGGGAACAGCUCUGGGCACACCGUCGCUCAGGGUGUCUCGGCUGCUGCCCACACCUCCUGCUCCCACACCUCCUGCUCCCACCGUCCUCCUACACCAGCCAGACCUCCUCUCCAGGUCUGGACACCACCUGAUCUGCUGGGAAAGGAGCCCUGGGACCAACUAGUGACCUGUGAAAGCAAAUGUUCCAAAAGAAAGGUAACGACUAGGACACACGCACCCCCUGGACCACCCUUCCUUUCUGGGUUCCAUAUCUGAGGAUAUGGGGGCCUUCAGUUGCCCCCAAACCCCAGGGAGAGUCAGUGUGAGGAGGGUUGAGGACAGAAACUCAGUCCUCGUCUCCCAAAUCUGUUGUCUGAGUGGCCAAGUUUAUGACUGUCAGAAAACUGUCAGAAAAACAGGCUGGUGUAAGCGGUCCCCGCACCAGCCCGUUCGCGCUGACUUGACUGGGUGGCUGAGAACGGACCCAGGACAACGCUUCUUCAGAGUCCAUUCAGGGAUGCGGCUGGGACUGCUGAGCAGCUAGCUACUCCUUUUCAAUCCACAGUUUUUGGACUGAAAACCUACCCAGACGCUCACACUAUUGACUCGAGGGCUGGAAAGUGUCCCCUGUGUUCUGAGGAUGAAGAGAUCACUCUAGGGCCAGUGAGUGAGGACCUAGAAAUGUGGAUCCUUGGAGCGGAAGUAUCCUGUGCCUUCAAAGGAUGCUGUCUGCAAACAGGGACAGAAAAACAAUCCCUCUUUCUCCAUGGGAUACAUCGGAGCCCUUCUGAUGUGUUCCACAAUUGCUGUCAUUAUGGGAGGAGCUGCUAAGUUUAUGUACGUGGACCGCCCAGAUCUUCUGGGGUGACCCUCCGGGGACUGAUGGCCAAACAGCCUGGGGCGACUGGAGCCUUCGAGAGAGACCUCGGCCUGCCUCGUACACUGCCUCCCAACACCAGCUGGUGUCGCAGAGGGAGGUCAGCAAGAGUUUGGAGCUCUUGUGUGUAGAUUUAAUCACUCACAUGUAAAAAGAACCCCACCUCCCCAUCCCGCAAGGACAGACGCUGGGGAAAAUGGUUGCCAAAUGAGAUGGCUGGUUAGAGCAUGUGUAAUUUUUUUCUAAAGCAUAUUUCAUAUAUUUUCUUAAGAUGACAUCAAGUUAACUGUGCAAGGUUAAUUCACUUAGUAAGAAAACUCUUGGAGAAAUAAAAUCAAUAAAAAAACAAUGUUCCCGGGCCUUUUUCCUUGCAGAGCCACGCUCUCUCUGGGUGCAACCUUGUGAUGCCCAUGUGAGGCUCACCCAGACAAUGUCUGGAAACAAAGAAAACGGGGAAGAAAGAAAGCACUGAGAAUCAAGGUGCCCCCCCUUUAGGGUCUUCAAAAUGUGGGGGUGCAAGUGUGAUCGUUGUAGCAAAGAAUGUUCUUCCAUAUGCAACCACAUGGUCUCCAUGUCCCCUUGUAAAAUUUUAGCUGUCCGUGUCCCUAACCUGUGGCUUAUAAAAUCAUUGAAGUUCUGUAAACAAAAGAUGGGUUCUUUUGUUAAUAAAGGAAUCUUGACCAUA